GAGCUCGGGACUCCCCGUCGUCGUCGUCGCCGUCGCAGGGGGCAGACGCUCGAGCGAAUCGGCGCGCGCCUAUUUAUAUUCCGGUGCCUUCCGGUCCGGCACGGGAGCACUAGUUCGUCUUUAACGGGGGAGGAGAUCGGACCGGUCUCUCGCGUGCACAGAAAGACUAAUUAAUAACAAUAAUAACAAUAACAAUCCGCGUUUCUAACCAACUUCAUUUUCGCGUCACUGCGCGCGCUCUCUCUCUCUCUCUCUCUCUCUCUCUCUCACUCACUCACUAGUGGUCUUGUGAUUGUUCGCGCGAUGGCAGGAGCGGCAGCGCGUGCUUUCCUGCUCCUCCUGUGCCUCUCGGUCGGUUCCCUGUGCGGCGCGCUCGCGUUCACCGAGGAGCCCGGGGACAGGGCGCCCAAAUCGGACGGAUAUUGCGGCUGGAUCAUACGUGCGCACGGCGCGAGGAAGGAGCUGUACACCGAGUUUCGGCUCCGCGUUGAAGGAGAACCGGAGAGCUAUCAGCCCGGCAGCACUUACAGAGUGACUCUGUACACCACCAACCCUGCUUACUUCAGAGGCUUCACGCUCAUCGCGUUAAAGGAAGGACGGAACGGGGAGAAAGACGAGGAUUAUGCUGGGAAUUUUCAGAUCAUCGAUGAAGAGGACACACAGUUUAUGACUAACUGCCCCCCUGCUGUGACCGAGAGCACCCCUCGAAGAAGGACCAAAAUACAAGUCUUUUGGACAGCGCCCCCGUCAGGCAGUGGCUGCAUACUGCUCAAGGCGAGCAUCAUUCAGAGGAAGAUCAUCUCUUUCCAGGAUGAAGGUUCUCUCACGAAGCGACUGUGUGAGAAAGAGCCGCUAUAUGGCGAGGUCACUGAAAAACCUCUGCUGGAUUGCUGUGCCUGUGGAACGGCCAAGUACAGAGUCACCUUCUAUGGGAACUGGUCCGAAAAACUGCACCCCAAAGACUACCCCAGACGGGCCAAUCACUGGUCAGCCAUCAUUGGCGCGUCACACUCCAAGAACUAUGUGCUGUGGGAAUAUGGAGGUUACGCAAGUGACGGGGUCAAGCAGGUAGCGGAGCUUGGCUCGCCCAUCAAGAUGGAGGAAGAGAUUCGACAGAAGGGCGAUGACGUGCUGACGGUCAUUAAGAUGAAGGCGCAGUGGCCCGCAUGGCAGCCUCUCAACGUGCGAGCCGCUCCCUCAGCAGAGUUCUCUGUGGACCGAACUCGUCACCUCAUGUCCUUCCUGACCAUGCUUGGCCCGAGUCCAGACUGGAACGUGGGUCUCUCGGCUGAAGAUCUCUGUACGAAGGAGUGCGGAUGGGUGCAGAAGCUCGUCCAGGACCUGAUCCCAUGGGACGCCGGGACCGACAGCGGCGUCACCUACGAGUCUCCUAACAAGCCGACGCUUCCUCAGGAGAAGAUUCGUCCUCUUACGAGUUUGGAUCAUCCCCAGAGCCCGUUUUACGACCCAGAGGGCGGAGCUAUAACCCCGGUGUCCAGGCUGGUGGUGGAGAGAAUCGCCCGCAAGGGUGAGCAGUGCAACAUCGUGCCUGAUAACGUCGACGACAUCGUAGCAGACAUCGCUCAGGAGGAGAAAGAGGAAGACGACACUCCGGAGACGUGCAUUUACUCCAACUGGUCUCCGUGGUCGGCCUGCAGCUCCUCCACCUGUGAGAAAGGAAAGCGGAUGAGGCAGAGGAUGCUAAAGGCCCAGCUGGACCUGAGUGUCCCCUGUCCACACACACAGGACUUCGAGCCGUGUAUGGGGCCUGGCUGCAGUGACGAGGAUGCGUCGACGUGCAUGAUGUCCGAGUGGAUCACCUGGUCUCCGUGCAGCGUGUCGUGCGGAGCGGGCGUUCGGUCCAGGGAGCGCUACGUAAAGCAGUUUCCUGAAGAUGGUUUCGCCUGCACCCUCCCCACCGAGGAGACCGAACCGUGCACCGUCAACCACGACUGCUCUCCUAGCAGUUGUCUUGUGACUGAAUGGGGUGAAUGGGACACCUGCAGCGCCACCUGUGGGCUGGGAAUGAAGCGCCGAGAGCGUAUGGUCAAAAUGCCUCCUUCCGAUGGAUCGAUCUGCGAGGCUGAGGUGGUCGAGGUGGAGAAGUGCAUGAUGCCCGAGUGUCAUACCAUCCCGUGCCUGUUGUCUCCGUGGUCUGAUUGGAGUGACUGCAGUGUGACAUGUGGUAAAGGAACACGCACUCGGCAGCGCAUCCUCAAAUCGCCGGUGGAGCUGGGAGAGUGCAGCGAAGAGCUGGAACAAGUGGAGAAAUGCAUGCUGCCAGAGUGCCCUUCAGACUGUGUGAUGUCCGAGUGGUCCGAGUGGUCCGAGUGUAAUAAGUCAUGUGGGAAGGGUCACACGAUCCGGACACGGGUGAUAAAGCUGGAGCCUCAGUUCGGGGGCGAGGCCUGCCCCGAUAUUGUCCAGAGGAAGAAGUGCAAGAUCAGGAAGUGUAAUCAAGGCAGCACCAAUAGCGAUGAGAGAAAGAAACGCAAAGAGGAAAGAAAGAAGAGGAAGAACAGCCAGGGCAGGGAGGAAUGGGUUGACGAGCUCGCAGGAUGCAAGAUGAAGCCGUGGUCCGACUGGAAUGACUGUACCAAGUUGUGUGGCGGGGGGAUCCAAGAGAGGCUAAUGACAGCCAAGAAGAGAUUCAAGAUCACACAGUUAACCAGCUGCAAGGAUAGGAAGGAGAUCCGUGCCUGUAACGUCCAUCCCUGCUAAGUGUUGCUGGGGAUUGUGGGAAGGGACUCGAUGUGAUGAGGAUUGGUGGUCAGUGGUGAUCAGUGGUCUCUUUCAACCUGUUUAGGGUUGGCAGCAGUUUUUUUUACUUUUUUCUUGUUUUUUUUGUUUUUUUACUAGAAUGUAGUAUGGUGGUAAUUUGUCAUAUAAAAGAAAUGCAAAGCAAUGUUUAGAGUUGAUGUUAAAGUUCUGUUUGAUUUCUAAUUUCUAGUACGUUUCUAUCUGAAAGUGGCUUAUUAAAGUUCCGUUUUAAGUCGUAAGAUUUAGUCAUUAAAUUUACAUUGACGAUGCAUAUGACGGUACAUAAACAAGGUCUUUUAUUUUCUCAGUCAGCAAAAAAAUAUAUACAUUUCCUUCUCAUCGAGCCCUUCUUCAUUUGAAUGAAAAAAUUCAAUGAAACUGGACGCAGUAACGUAAGUGCAAAAGUUUGCAUACCCGCUAGGACAAAACAAAGACGACAAAGAGUGUCGAUAAGUGUCGCUUUCCAUUGUAUUGCGAUGUUAGCUGUAAUAUUCAGAUUAUCGUUCUGAAAUGUGAUUGAAGAGAAAUUCCUUUCCAAAUGAAUUGGGAAUGCUAACUUUUGCACUGUAAAUCUCCAGACAAAAAUUAAGAAUAUAUAUUAUAUAUAAAAUCAUUCCAUUUAAUUAAAAUGGUUUUAACACAGAAUUCGUUAUUAACACAAUUCAUUUAUUACAUAAAAAAAAAAUCAUCAUUAUCUACAAUAUAUUUUUGUCUGGAUCUUUAUUUACUGCGUCUGGCAUUUCAGACUGAAAUCUCACAUUAUGCACGUUGCUGUACUGAAUGAAAGUCCUGGAGGUUCGUCGCUAAUGUCUGUGUAACAGGUCAGUGCUUAAGGUUCUACGCUAGACACUUGGAUUGGAUUCUGUCUCGCUUGUAAAUCGGAUAAAAGUGUCUCCUAAGUGAAUGUAAAUGUUGUUUUCAGUGUACAAACGGCACAAAACGGACCAAAGACAGGAACAUUUGCUGGCACAAACAGUGUUCUUACAAAAAAAAAAAAAACACAACUGGAACGAUUGACUAUACUUAUUACUAUUCAACAUUUUUAAUGUGUAGAGAUGUAACCAGAGCCAUAAGACAUGCAAGGUCACGACCUCAUGUUUCUAGCCACAGCAACAAUCUGAAGCGUUAGCAUACCGGUUUUAAGCUAACUAGCAGCAUAACAACACGAAGCCUUCUUAUUAUUCUGUGAGGCCGCCUGUGUGAUAUUUCAUUUUUAAAACAUGUACAAAUAGAUUUUAUCGUCGUAUGAUAACUGGUUACUCUGGAUAUAUUAACGUUUUAAAGACAGACAUUCUUAUAAAAUCAACAAUGAGCCCGUUGAAUGAAUAGCAGCAGCCUUUUAUUCGUUCAUGUGUCUCUUGUAUGACAGCAAAGCACAGAUAAACAGCCAUUUUCUAAGCCUAAGAAUAUUUCUAGGAAUAUUCAUUUUUAAUCCAUUGUGAAAUUUUAAAUCCAGCUCUUUAGACACGUCGUUUGACUUGUUUCGUUCCGAUUCCACGCAUUCACUUUUCUUUUCCUGGUUUUAAGAGCGUAUCUAAGAUUCCUACCAAAGUGUUGUGUCUUUUUGUGAUCUUUUCUAGUCGUUUGUUGCCAUCCUUUGCUCCCUGACAUAAAAAAAAAAAAUGAUAAAAAGAAAUACUCGGAAUAUUUUGGAAUAUGCCACCUUUACAAUAAAAGUGAUUGUGAUCAA